AUGGAACAUGAGGCUGUUCAAUUGCUUGAUUUACCUGAUGAAAUUCUACUUAUUAUUAUGAAAAAACUUUGUUCUAUUGAUGUCCUUUAUUCAUUGUUGGAAGUGAACAAACGACUCGAUAAAAUGGCAAGAAGUCUCACUCACACUAAAUCUUUAGACUUCUCAAGUAUAUCAUCGGAUCAUCAAUUUUUGUCAGUUCAUUAUCCUAUAAUUAAUCGAUUUUGCAAUCAUAUAUUACCUCAAAUACAUCAAAACUUAGAAGUACUUAUUGUUGAUCAACGAUGGAUGGAAGACAUUCUCCUCACUGGUCAAUAUUCUAAUAUUCGUAUGAUCAGUAUUAUAAAUUGUUCACCGUAUACUGUUUAUAAGUAUUUAGCAGGUAUGUGA